AUGUGGGGUGCUCAUAUUGAAAAACGAGGAUAUGAAGAAAUGAAAACCCGCCUUCAAAGGCUUGUGCAUCUUGCAUCUAACAAAAUUUUAGGGGGAAGAGUUAUUGAGGAUGUUGAGAAACUUGACCAUGCAUCAGCAUUGGCAAUUCUUGCUAUCUGUAUUUCCUUGAAUGUAUCACCACUUUCUCAAUUAUCAACUGAGUUG